AUGUUUGAUAACUUGAAGGCAUUCAUUAGACACGGAAAAUCAGCAAAUCCUAACAACCCUACCCAAAAGACCGAUAUGUCCCAUACGCAAGUCAAGGACCAAGGCGCCUUGGCUGAUGCUGAAGCUGACAUGAUAGAUGCUUCGGAGUCUACUUUCGCUGGCCAUUCUACACUCCCAUCCGACUUGGACUUUUCCGAUGGCACUUCUGGUUCUUCCCAGGAUGAUGUCGAAAGAUGCAAGAAGCAUGCUCCAACUGAAUGCACCCCUCUGCUGGACCAUCAGCACAAGAAGCAGGUCAUCGACCGUCAUGAAAAACAGCAAAACGACUUCCAGAACCAAGACUUCAAUAACGAAGCCUACGCUCAGAAUAUCGACAACUACGAAUAUGCAUCAAAGAUCGUUGAAGAAGAACGCAGACAAAGAAAGAAGCAACUGAAGUACCCAAACCUCCACCUGUACGAAAUGAUGGAGAAGCUUGGAGACGGUGCUUUCUCUGUGGUUUUCAAGGCUCGUCACCGUGAGUCUGGUCGUCAUGUUGCUAUCAAGGUUCUUCGUAAGUACCAGAUGGAUAACGCUCAAAAGCAGGCCGUGCUUAAGGAGGUCAUAAUAAUGAGACAGCUCAAGCACCCAAACAUCGUUAACUUCAUCGAGUUUAUUGAGAGUGAGCCUUACUAUUACAUUGUUCAAGAGCUUGUGGGCGGUGGUGAGAUCUUCACCGCCAUCGUCAACUACACAUACCUUUCUGAGAACUUAGCUCGUCACGUCAUUUACCAGACCGCUUUAGCUGUGCGUCAUUUGCAUGAGGAGGUUGGCAUUGUUCACAGAGAUAUUAAACCGGAGAACUUGCUUUUCGUCCCAACAGAGUUUAAGCCUUCGUACAAUCCGAUCGCCAAGUUGAGACGCUCGGAUGAUCCAAAGACGAAGAAGGACGAAGGUGAGUUCACUCCAGGUGUCGGUGGUGGUACCAUCGGAACUGUGAAACUCGCUGACUUUGGUCUCUCUAAGCAAAUCUGGGGUCACAACACUAAGACGCCGUGCGGUACAGUUGGUUAUACUGCCCCAGAAAUUGUGCGUGACGAACGCUAUUCCAAGGAAGUUGAUAUGUGGGCCCUUGGGUGCGUUCUUUACACUGUUUUGUGUGGUUUCCCUCCCUUCUACGACGAGAGGAUCGAAACCCUCACGGAAAAAGUUGCAAGAGGCGAAUACACUUUCUUAGCUCCUUGGUGGGACGAAAUCAGCGCUGGCGCAAAAUACUGUGUUUCUCGUCUCUUAACAGUGGACCCUACUCAACGUUAUACGAUCGACGAGCUUCUCCAAGACCCAUGGUUGAGGGAGGCCGGCAGAGCGUUCGAGUCUCCAUCCAAACCCAAGCAGCCAAAGUAUUCUUCUCAAAUCGGCAGAUUGAACCUGAGCAUGUACAGACAAGAGUUGUAUUCGCCAGCUGCAAAUGCUAUGCGUGAUGCUUUCGACAUUUCAGCUGCCGUUCACCGUGCUGGUGAAGAGAACGCUCUCCACAACCCUGGUCGCAACAACCUCCCAGACAUGGUCGAGGAAGAAGAAGAUGCAGACUACAGUUUCAAGUCUCGUAUCCAUGAAGACACUCACGAUGCUGAAAAGAAUAUGUUCGACUUGAACUUGCAUGGUGCGUCGAUCUUGGAAAGAAGAAAGAACAAGCCACUUUACUAA